AUGGGUCUGGGAAUUCUCGAGGACAAAGUUCUGGACCACGUUCCAGGAACCACCCGAUAUUUCGAUGAUCCCGAGCGACCUCAGUACGCUGCAGACGGCGCCGCUAAAGGCCUAAAGUGCGACGCCAGCGGGCCGGUACCCAUCAUCCUCGUCCCCCAGCCGUCCGACGACCCAAAUGACCCUCUGAACUGGCCGCUAUGGAGGCGUGAUCUCAUCACCUUUAUCCUCUCUAUGACGGCCAUCUUCGCGACCUGCCUGGGCCCUAUUCUCGCCGCAAACACCUUAACGCUCACCUUUCACUACCAGGUGCCCUUUACCAAGAUUGCUGCCUUGACAGGCUGGUACCUGCUUGGUGUGGGCAUCGGCGCCUUCGUCUUUGUACCGACCGGUCGUAUCUGGGGCAAGCGUCACUUGUUCGUUGCUGGAACUGCUAUGUUAGUGGCCACAGCAGCCUGGGGAGGUGCGUCUUACGGUAAAGACAAGUACACGUCCAUGGUCUGGGCCAGAGUCUUUCAGGGAGUGGCGACAGCGCCGUUUGAAUCGCUCGUCAACGCAGCGGUGGGCGAUCUAUACUGCGUUCAUCAGAGAGGUAUUCGCAUGGCAUUUACUAACCUUGCUGUCUUCGGUGGUGCUUUCUUCACCCCAAUCCUGGUCGGAAAGAUCACCCACAGCAUCGGCUGGCAAUGGACCUUCUAUUUCGUCGCCAUCUUUUGUGGAAUAUGCCUGCCACUCAUCUACUUUCUCUGCCCCGAGACGGCCUACCGUCGGGAUACAGCCUUGAACCUUGAUCUACUGGACAAGGACCAGCCUAUUCCAUUAAAGAAAAAAGAGAACAGGACAACAACGGCGACACAUAAAGAAGAACAUGACGGCGAUCUCUAUGUGGUUGAAGCUCACGAGAACAGUCAGACUAACAAAAUCGGGGAGCCUGUCGGAUUUACGGUUGACAAGCCCAUCCCGCCCAAGGCAUCAUUCACCCAAUCCUUGGCCCUGUUCAACGGACGCAAGACGGAUGAGCAGUUUUGGAAGCUGUUGCUGCGCCCUCUACCACUCUUCUUACAGCCAGCCUUUCUCUGGGCCUGCCUGAUCCAAGGCUGUAUGAUCGGCUGGACUGUUUUCAUUGGCGUUAUUCUGGCUCAGUUUUUUCUCGCCACACCAUUGUGGUGGGGUGAAGUCGAGACAGGCUACGCCUACACAGCGGCAUUCGUCGGCGCCAUCAUCGGUUUCGUUAUCGCCGGUGUACUUUCAGAUUGGUCGGCCAAAAUGAUGACCAAAUGGAACAACGGCGUGUACGAACCAGAGUUCCGCAUUGUGCUCGUUAUCCCGCAGAUGAUUUUAGGCUGUGCUGGUCUUUACGGUUGGGGCAAAACCGUGGAUGGGCUGCUGCACGAAAAGUACCAUUAUGUCGUCCCGCUCACUUUUUUUGCUCUUGAAGUCGCGGGUAUGGUCAUUGGCGCAGUUUCUAGCUCACUUUACAUUGUGGAUGCCUAUCGCGACUUGGCUAUUGAAGGCUUCACCUGCAUGAUAGUCUUCAAGAACAUCUUCAGUUUCGGAUUGACGCUUCGGGCGUUCGAGUGGCUUGUCCAAACGAACACAAAAGCGACACCGCUGUUCAACGCUGUCGCCUCUGUUCAGGUGGCAAUUUGCAUGUUGAGUAUCCCGAUGUAUGUCUUUGGGAAGAGGAUCCGCAGCUUCUUCCAUCGUUAUGAUAUACUUUCGUUAUGCAGGGUCAGGUAA